CCCAGAACCAGCCAGGGCAUGCCCGGUUGUGGUCUGACCUAAAGGCGAGAACCAAUCAAGUUCUGCUGAGUGGUUUGAAAAAAAGGCGGGAACCAAUCAAGUUCUGCUGAGUGUUCAAAUUUAAAUGUCAACCAAUAACAGCUCUGUAACUGCAAAAAAAAUCCCUAACUUGUUUGUGCCUGUCUAUAAAAGAAGCUGUAAGAUCCUCGAUCUGGGCCUCUUAGCAUCACCGGCAAGAGUGCACAGAGGACCGGGUUCGAACCUGCAAUAAACGACCCUUGCCGCUUGGCUUUGACUCUGGACUCUGGUGGUUUGUUUUCAGGGGGUCUCUCGAGUCGGGGCAUAUCAUUUGGGGGCUCGUCCGGGAUCCCCCCAAACCCACCAGACCCCAAGUCAACGGGUGGUCCCUGAGACCUAUCGGUAAGUGAGCCGGCUCUGUCCGUUUCUGUUUGUUCGUUUCUGGCUCUCCCGCGCGGGAUCUGUAUCGGUGACUGACACAGCCCUGGCGGACGCGCUAUAGGGCAGUCGGUCGGGUCCAGUAGGAGACGUCCACUGGCACCUGUCUGGGGCUCCUUUUUGGACUCAUUGGAAUUUUUCUGUUCGGGUGGCGGACACCCGAAACGCGCUAGCGAUCUAAGUGUUGUGUUCUCUAUUCUAUAACCUUUAAGUGUUAAACUCCUUCUCUUUCACAGGUGACCUGGCCUGGCCCAGCCAGAAAUCCUCAUAACUUUACUGUUUCUCCUUUUAAUCCUUUCCUCCACCUCCAGGAUACAGAUGGGCCAAUCUCAAAGCACUCCUCUUUCUCUCCUCGUUGCUAACUUCAGGGAUGUUAGAACCAGAGGACAGAAUUUGAGUUUAGACAUCCGGCGGGGAAAAUUAAUAACCCUCUGCCGCUCCGAAUGGCCAACCUUCGGCGUUGGAUGGCCAACCGAAGGAACUUUCUGCCUCCCUAUAAUUGCUAAGGUGAAAUCAAAGAUUUUUCUACCGGGUCGCGAGGGACACCCGGAUCAGAUUCCCUACAUUCUUGUAUGGCGGAGUUUAGUGGAAAAUCCACCCCCUUGGUUGGCCCCCUUCCUAUCCUCGGGAAUGUGUAAGGUCCUUGCCAUGCGGCCUGCAGAUUCCCCAAAAUCAAGGACGCCAGCCGUGCCCUUGUAUCCCAUAUUGCCCGAUAGUCAGGACCUACUAUCCCUAGACCCUCCACCCUAUCAUCCCCCUCCCCUCGUACCCCAGGCCCUGCCCCCAGCAGCCGCCCCACCAGUCGCCCCGCUAGUUGCCCCCCUAGGGGAACCGGGAGGAUGGGAAGUGGCAGCUACCCCGGAACCAGGAGGACGGGAGGCAGCAGCCACGCCGGGCCCCAUUGACAACAACCGCGAGGGGCCAGCUGGCCGAACACGCGGGCGCACCCAGCGUGAGCCAAACCCUCGCCUCCCAGACUCCACUAUGGCCCUACCCCUGCGGGAAAUAGGACCCCCCGAUGAAACAGGCAACCCCCAACUCCAGUAUUGGCCCUUUUCCACCAGUGACCUUUACAACUGGAAAACACAGAACGCUUGA